AUGAGGCUCCCUGAGGUACCACUGUCGCGUCAUAAUUAUGUAUGUUUUGUGUCAGCAUAUGACCGCCUGAACAAGCAGACCAUAUUGAAUCGAAUUCGAGCACCGACACGUCAAAACGUGCAGCAGAUUAUCAAGCUUGGAAUUUUUAGUGCGCAGAAUUUGAAGUAUUUUAAACACGGCGUAUGUAAUAAUACGGUUUCAAUGGAGAACAUAAGGCAUGUGCUUUCAACCAUGGAGGCGCAUCAUUUACCGUCUCGUUUAACGGAACUGGAAUCAUUUAUACUGGUAAUGGCACUGAAAUACUGGAAAACGCCAGAAAAUCAGAGGUAA